AUGCGUCUCCUGCGCGCCGCGCCAGCCCGGCCACCGGGCACCGUGAAGCGGAUGGCGCGGGCGGUGGCACUGCCGGCACCCGGUGACGCGUCCCUGGGGCUGCGCCUGGGCCGCUGGGUGCUGCGGGUGCUGCGGGAGUGCCCCGCAGCCCCCAGGGGACGGCACCGGGGCGCUGCCGUGGGCCUACGUGCCGGCACUCAGCCGUGCCUUGAUUCCGGCGCCGCAUCUCCCAGAACCGUGGGGUGCCCCGUGCGCGACCCACAGACGCCGAUCCCCCGCGUGCCCCCGUCCCAGAGCAUCACUUGGGGCCGCCGUGGGCGCGGGGUUGACCGUAGCCACGCGGCACCGGGCGCCGCCGUGCCGCGCGCGCCGACCUCUCCGCUCUCCCCGACAGACACCAGCCUCUCGCGGAGCAGCGCGCGGGACGGCUGCUGGUGCAAACUGGCUUACUGGGAGCACCGGACGAGGGUGGGCCGCCUCUACGCCGUGCACGAAGCGUCGGUGAACGUCUUCUGCGAGCUGCCGCGGGGCAGCGGGUUCUGCCUGGGCCAGCUGCCGGCCGCGCACCGCAGCCGGGCCGUGCGCCGAGCGCGGGGCAAGAUCGGGCGCGGGCUGCUGCUGAGCCGCGAGCUGGGCGCCGUCUGGGCGUACAACCGAAGCGAGCACCCCAUCUUCGUCAGCUCGCCCACCCUGGGCCCCCCAGGAGCUCACGGGCUCGCCGUGCUCAAGGUGCUGCCCGGCUAUUCGGUGAAGGUGUUCGAUUACGAGAGGGCGGGGGGGAUGGGGGCUGGGGGGUGGCAGCGCGGGGAUGGGCCCUGUGACCCCCAUAGCGUCCGCAUCAGCUUUGGGAAGGGCUGGGGGCCGUGCUACUCGCGGCAGUUCAUCACCUCGUGCCCCUGCUGGCUGGAGGUGCUGCUGGCACAGCCCCACUGAGCGGCCGCAGGGGGGGGGGGACAUCCCCCCCCCCCCCCAUGUGCUGGGUGCAUUGUCACAGGGCCCACGGGACCCCCAGGGCAGCACCCACCGCCCCCCAAGCCCGGGUCUGGAGCUGGGGCAGGGCGCUAUUUAAUCUCUCCUUUAUUAUGAUGAUUUUGGUGGUUACAUUGUAUUUUAAUUUAUGUUAUUUUUGUAGCAGGGGGAAAGGAGAAAGUCGUGUCGGGUGGGGGGGUGCGCAGAGGAUGGGAGCUUCUUUGGGGGCAGCAGAGCCCCCGAGCAGCAGGUGUGGGGCGGUCAGGAUGAGUGCAGC